GAGUGACAUCAGGAGCACCGCGCCCCUCUCUCUGAUUAUAAAUGCAGCAUGGAUGCCUGCAGAAAGUCCUUUCCAAACUCAGAGAGACUCUAGCUGAGAGGAGAGGGCAGGUCACUACUGCAACUAAAUCAUCAUGGCACCAGGUGGAGCAAAGAAGGGUAUAUUGGAGCGUCUGGAUGCUGGAGAGAUCGUCAUCGGAGACGGAGGCUUUGUCUUCGCCCUUGAAAAGAGAGGCUACGUCAAGGCAGGACCAUGGACACCUGAGGCUGCAGCAGAGCACCCUGAAGCAGUGCGACAGCUGCACAGGGAGUUCCUGAGAGCUGGCGCAAAUGUCAUGCAGACUUUCACUUUCUACGCCAGCGAUGACAAACUGGAGAACAGAGGCAACCGUCAGACAUUCACUGGUAAGGAGAUAAAUGAAGCUGCCUGUGACCUGGCUAGAGAGGUGGCCAAUGAGGGAGAUGCUCUGGUGGCCGGUGGAGUCUCUCAGACCCCCUCUUACCUCAGCUGCAAGAGCGAGGAUGAUGUCAAGGCCAUCUUCAAGAAGCAGCUUGAUGUCUUUGUCAAUAAAAAGGUGGACUUCUUGAUUGCAGAGUACUUUGAGCACGUUGAAGAGGCAGAAUGGGCAGUCCAAAUCCUGAAGGACACCAAAUUGCCUGUGGCUGCGACUCUGUGCAUCGGACCUGAAGGAGACUUGAACGGUGUCAGCCCUGGAGAAUGUGCCGUCAAACUCGUGAAAGCUGGUGCUCAGAUUGUUGGCAUUAACUGCCACUUUGACCCUGCGACCUGUGUGAAGACCGUAAAGAUGAUGAAGGAGGGAGUGGAGAAAGCCGGCCUGAAGGCUCACUACAUGUGCCAGCCUCUGGCUUACCACACUCCUGACUGCAACUGCCAAGGCUUCAUCGAUCUGCCUGAGUUCCCCUUCAGUCUGGAGCCGAGGAUUCUGACCAGAUGGGACAUGCAGAGAUACGCCAGGGAAGCCUACGACGUCGGCAUUCGUUACAUCGGAGGCUGCUGUGGCUUUGAGCCCUAUCACAUCCGUGCUCUGUCCGAGGAGCUGGCAGCCGAGAGGGGUUUCCUGCCUGCAGGGUCAGACAAGCAUGGCGUUUGGGGCAGCGGCCUGGGGAUGCACACGAAGCCUUGGGUCAGAGCAAGGGCUCGUCGCGACUACUGGGAAAAGCUGAAGCCUGCUUCCGGCCGUCCUUUCUGCCCCUCGAUGGCCAAACCUGAUGGUUGGGGUGUCACCAAAGGCCAUGCUGACCUGAUGCAACAGAAGGAGGCCACCAGCCAGGAGCAGCUGAAGGUGCUCUUUGAUAAGGCCAACAAAUGCCACUAAGCUCCUCUGAAAGGCGUCCAAAAAGAAGGAAAAGCCGAGGGGUGGCGUACUCAACACUCCCCUACGUUUACAUACCAAAAAUAUCAAAAAUGCUGAAGUUGUUUGUCUUUUAGGACCAUUUUUUUCCUCUGUUUUGAUGAUUGAUGCUUCAUAUUAGCUUUCCAGACUAGAGUACAACUGUCUGCUUUGUGUAGAUCCUCUCAAUCACGAAGUUACUGUGACUCUAAAGAGCAGUUGUGAAUGCACACAGAUAAUGCCUUAAACACUCCAAAUCUGCUCAAUGUUGUCUUGCAAAACAAAAAAACAUGAUGUGAAAUAAUAAAAAAUAAUUGAACCAAA